AUGGCGGACCCUAGGGAAUCUCAACGUCCUCAAUAUCCUCCCCCGGAUGAUCCAAACCAAGGUGGCUACUACUCGCAACAUUCUCCUCGUGGACCUCCUCGGGAUGACCGCAGUUCCUAUCCUCCUCCGGAUGCUGGACGUCAAGGACAAUACCCGGACCCACGAGCGGCUGCUCCAUAUCCUCCUCAACCAUGGCCUCCCGCUCCGCAUGGUGCUUAUCCUCCUUCCCAUCACUAUCCUCAGGACCCUCAGCACGCAGGCUAUGCCUAUCCGCCAAGAUCUGAUAUGGGUCAGCCUCCUCAGCAGAUGCAGCCAGAUCCAUACCGUUUGCCUCCACCGCAUCCAUACCCUGGAUAUUAUGCUCCUCCUCAGCACUAUCCCCCUCCUCCGGCCGCUGCUCCAAGACAACGCACCGCCAUUGCCUGCAAAUACUGCCGCAAGAGAAAGAUUCGAUGCUCAGGCUACGAUAGUUCCCCUGAUGGCCGUUGCCAGAACUGUGUUCGCUUCAAUCAACAAUGCUUGUUUCACCCAGUCUCCUCGCAAGCUGCCUUUGUUCCGGCUUCUGCUGUCUAUGGUCCUGGUGCAAGAGCUCCUGUUGCUGGUCAGUCUGAUAACCGCCCCGGUCAAAAUGGACAGCAGCCUUACACCCGUGAAGGAGAACAACCCAUGCUCUAUGGUGCCCAUGGACAACCACUUGGCCCUGCUGGUCCACAUGGACAACCCCAAUACAGUUAUCCUCCCCCAGGCCCAGGCCACUAUCCUCCUCAGCCAUAUCCAUAUCAGGCGUCCCCGUACCCUCCUUCAUCUGGGUCACCAUAUGACGCACAAGGGCAGGCACCCCCUGCCCAGCAUGAUGAACGUGUCAGUCUCAAGCGUCCCCCUCCUGAUGAUGACCCCCACAACGAGAAUUCUCAUACUGCCCAGUCUCCUCAUCCAAACGCUCGCCCUCGUCAUGGUACCUAUGACUCUCGUGCCAAUAGUAGUGGCAGCUAUGAUUACCCAGACCCAACAAGUGGGGCUCCAACCUCGCCUGCGACCUCGACGAUGAGUUAUCAGUCUUACCCGCAACAACAACAAUCUCGCUACCCCAACGGCACUCAGUCGCAAAAGGGCAAUGCGUCACCCCCAUCUGGGCUCACUCCAUCAUCCGCACAGAGCUUCAAUUCACCCCACCAUGGCCCGACCCAUGACGAUGGCCGAACCCCUCCACCCAAUCAGCCCAAUUCUGCCGGAUCCUCUGCUAAUGGUAGAAGUGGCAUGAAAGUGCAUGAAUUAAUGAGCGGUCCCUCCGCCGGCGGUCCUGAACAACGGGGCAGAAACGACAACGAAAUGCUGAGCAAACUCGACGGCAAGAAAUAA